AUAAAAGAUUAUAAUUUUGAUUGAAAAAGCAGUAGAAAGAUAAAUGUUGUUAGAAUGACAUUAAUGAUCAAAGAGGAUGACAGAUAAGUUUUUCAAAUGUCAGUAUGUCAAUUUUUUUUUGUCAUUCUAAAAUAAAUGGAAAGUGUUGAUAAUUAUUAAUUAGUUUAUUUGUUCAUGAAAUGGCAACAAUUAAUGAAAAUGAUCAAUCAAUAGAGUCAUCUUUAUGUAGACUUUGUGCUCAUGUGAAUCAAAACGGAAGUUACAUUUUUUCAGAAGAAAUAGAACAGAAUCUGAGUGCUUUGAUAAACAAAUACCUUCCUUUAAAGGUAGAAAAUGAUGGAAAGUUUCCAGACAGAAUAUGUCCAGGGUGUGAAAUUCAACUGGAGGCAACAAAAUUAUUUUUUGAUCUUAUUAUUGAUGGACAGAAUCAGCUGAAGUCAGUAUAUGAUGGUUUGAAAACAAUGGAAAUAGUUCAAUUGGAAGAUCUCCAAAAUAUAAGUUCAAAGACGGGAACAUUAGAAGUGCAUUCUGUUGAAACUGGGGAAAAAUAUUUCAUUCAGAUCAUGGAUAACACAUUACAAGAUGGUCCUUUGUACUCAAGUGAUCAUGAAAUGUUGAGGAAUAUGAAUAUAUUGAAAAAAGAAAAACGAAAAAGAGGUAGGCCCAGGAAGCAACCAAUAGAUAAUAGCAAUGAAGAAAGUAUUAAGAGUAAUUGUACCAAUGGGACUGUAGAAGAUGGAAAAAGGCAUCGUAAAGUACCUGCCAGAUUCUCAGAAACAGUACAGGGAGAAGAGUUAGAUGAUAUUUUACGUAAGGAGGGCAUUGAAGAGGAAGAUUUAGAAUCUGAGAUUCCUAUGAAAUUAGAUACAGAAGUUAUAGGAAGAGUUGAGGAUCAAAACGGAGAAAAAUUAGAAGAGGCGGUGAUAGUUACAAGGGUAAUAAAUGGAAAUAGACUUAAAAGAAGUGCCAUUCCAAGAAGAAGACGAAGGAGAAAAUUCAAAUGUGUCCAUUGCUUAGAAGAAUUUAAAAAUUAUCGAAGAUUGAAGAUGCACAUGAAUGAGAUACAUAAGGAUGAGGAUAAAAAUGUAGAGGAUGCAACUAGUGAAAUUGUCAGCUUGGAGGCGAUAGAAGAAAAAAGUGAGAAUGAAGAAAAUUCUUCACCCAAUUUAUUAGAAACAUGCUUGAAAACUGAAUUUGAAGUAUCCAAUGAAAUGCCUACAAGUAAUGAUAAGAAAUCAUUCAGUUGCAAUCAGUGUGAUGAUAUCUACAGCAACGAGUCAGAUUUAACACUACAUUUGGAGAGUAAACAUCAGGUUGAAAAAAAAUUCAAAUGUCAAGAAUGUAACAAGUCUUUUGCUUAUGCAAAGACUUUUGAAGUGCACCAGCAAAGGCACAAAAAAGGAAUAUUUUCUUGUGAGGUUUGUCAGAAAAAAUUCAAUCACGCGAGUAGCCUGAUUUAUCACCGCAAUUCAGAACACAACAACGGGAAAAGGUUCGUAUGUAACAAGUGCAAUAAAAUAUUCAAACAUCGUCAGCUGCUGCAACGACACCAGUUGGUUCAUACAGAAGAAAGGCCCUAUAAAUGCACCAUGUGUUCCUCAGCUUUCAAAACUAAAACGAACCUCAUGAGUCAUAAUUCCAUACACACGGGAGAAAAGAACUAUGUUUGUUCUGAUUGUGGUCAGACUUUUGCUCAUAAAACUUCCCUGAAACUACACAUGCGAUGGCACUCGGGGGAAAAACCUUUCAGUUGCGAGAUUUGCGAGAAGAAAUUCUCACAGAAAGGCAACCUUAUGGAACAUAUGAGAAUCCAUACUGGCGAAAAGCCCUUCUGUUGUGAGUUGUGCGGCCGGGGCUUCACCACAUCCUCUCAGCUGAAGUUGCACAUCAAACGACACACAGGGGAAAGACCGUGGAAAUGUGAAUAUUGUACGAAAUCAUUCUUACAUAAAGACACUUGGAAGGAGCAUUGUAGGAGGCAUACGAAUGACAGACCAUUCAAAUGCGAAUUAUGCGACAAAGCAUUCCAUGCCAUGUAUUGUUUGAAGAAACACAUGAGAUAUCAUACCGGUGAGAAGCCGCAUUCUUGCGAAAUUUGCCUGAAAGGGUUUUCAGAUCUCUCAAAUUUGGCCAAACAUAGAAAAAUACACGAUCCAAAACCCAAGGAAAACCAGGAUGUGUCGAUGGUCAAUGCUGAAACUGAUAAUUUACUUUAUGUGUAUUAUGAAACGCCCAAAGAACAAGACAUAGAAGUGCCUUUGGUUGGUUUGGCGCCUGCUCAGUCGGAAGUCGUUAUUGGUAGUGAUCAGGACAUUCUCAACUUCAAGGGGGACUCUAUGCACAUUCAGCAACUCAUUGACCAAGAGGGGAAUCCCUUGAGUUUGAAUACUCAAGAUGGACAACAAAUAAACGUGGUGACAAGUAUAACCAAUGGGGAGGAAAAGUUGCAAGGAUUGUUACCUGACGGUACGUUAGUUGCUCUGGAUUUGCAGGAUUCCAAAGUUGAAAACAUGAAAGUACUUGUAGAUCAUGUUGAGGAGGAGACCACCAUCUCACAUUUACUUCUGGAUGGAAAUAUGGCAUUUUUAAGUGAUAAUAUCAGUAAGACUGGAGACGAAAUACUGGUUUCAGAUCAAUCAAACAUUUGUUUCGUUACAUAUGACCCAAAUACCGAAAAUAUACAAUGAAAUCACAAACAGUUUAAAAAUACUCUUGGUUAUUGAAGUGUUACCUUGGAAUUCUAUAAAUAAGAAUUAAUGAUGUAUGCAAUUUCAAAUUCAUUUUAACUUAGUUAAUUUUUUGUUAAAUGUGAACUAGUGAAUAUAAAUAUAUAUAUAUAUAAAGGCAUAAAAAUACUAAUUGCAAGACGCAAAUAGCAGAUGUGAAAUAUUUCUCUCCAAUACGUAGGUGAACUGUUCCAAAAAAAUAACUAGCUCAGGAAUUUCUUACAUUCAAUGUACAUUAAAAUAUUAAUUUCAUGAUGUAAAUGUCACCUUAUUGCUCAUUUAUUUAUUGAUCAAAUUCUUUACUGAACUUGUCUCAAAUAUCGAUUUUUAUGAAGAUGAUUGAAAUUAUAUCGCAUAUUUCCAUUUUUAAAGAGACUUAAUUGUCGAAAUAAAAUAAGGAAUAACAAAAAC